AAACUUGGCCAUGCCACCGCAGAAAAAUUCACCGAUAAACGUCGAAAGGUUUCUACCAAAAUUCCGGCCGGACAGGCCAGCAAGAACGAACAACGACAACGAUGAUGAUGAUGAUGGCGAUGAUGAUGCAGUCGAGGGCGUGUGGCAGAGGCGUGGUUGCGGCUGCCAGUGCUCAGUGUGGCAGCAGAAGAAGAGCGGUGGCUGAGGGGAUGAUGAGGACGAGGGUGAUGGUGAGGGAAGCAGCAGCAGCAACAGCACCUCAGAUGGUGCGGCUGGAGACGUGGCGGACCCUGAGUACAAAGGCAGCCCUUCAGACACAGCAACAAGAGACACACCAGCAGACACAACAACAACAACACAUGCCUUCCUGCUUCACGAGAAGGAGAACCACAGCGUCGCCGUCAACGUCGUGCGCUGUUGACUUUGAUCAACUGGAAGCGGUCGAUGCUGGGCCCUUGGGGCUGUUUGUGUUUCCAGACGUCAUCAGUGAAGCGGAAGAGGAACACUUGAUGUCGCAGGUGAACCGCAAGCUCAAGCGCAUGCGGUACGCCUCGGCGCACUUUGACCGCGCCAUCAGCGGCUACAGGGAGAUGCGCAAGUCACGAUGGGACCCAGCGUCCAUGGACACGUUUGCGCGCCUGCAGACCAUGCACCCUUCCCUCCAAGCCCACAUCCAGCCCAACCCUUCGUACCACAUCCUGGACUUGGAGGCUGAGGGAACCAUCUUCCCACACGUCGACAGCCUGAAAUACGCUGGUCCAGUCAUUGCCGGGAUUUCCAUGUUGUCUGACGCUGUCAUGACGUUUGCUUCAGAGAAGGACCCAAGUGAUGUGAUCGAAGCCUUCCUUCCCCGUCGCUCCAUGUACAUCAUGAGCAAUCGCAUUCGAUAUGACUACACGCACGCUGUGGAAUACAAGCAGUUCAUAUGGGGUGGCAACACGUACGAGCGCACGCGCCGUGUCUCCCUCCUCAUGCGCAACGAAGAUUAGCACAACACAAGGCACGCGCACCGCAGCAUACAGCACAUGUACCACAACGCGGAGCACGUACAUGUACUCGUGUGUGUGUGUGUGUCCGUGUGCGUAUCUGCGUUUUCGUGUGCGCAGAGGGGGUUGGUUCACGAGCGCUUGCCGUCACUUCUUAUUCCCUUGCUAGCCAAGCUUGUAUUUGCCACUGGCGUGAUAGUGUACGCUUGUAAACAACACAACACCUA